CCUCCCCAGUCCCCCACGCAUUUUCUGGCCCCUGCUCGCCCGCUCAUGGCGAUCGAAGCAGCGCGCCUCUCCCCGUCCCUCGCCGCCGCCGCCUUCCUCGCCCGCCGCCCCCCUCCCGCCCUCUCCCCCUUCUCCCCCCUUCGUCGCCGGUUUCCCCUCCUCCGCGUCCUCGCCAGCUCAUCGGGCGGGGACGGACGCGUCGUCGCCCUCUCCUCGUCUGAGCUCCGAAAGCGCCGGGGUCUCUCCUCCUCCUCCUCCGGGGCUGCGGCGGACUCCGCGUCUGACGGGGAUGAGAAGCUCCGCUCGCUUCGUCGACUCUUCGCGCGGCCCGACGUCGCCAUUGACGCCUACAUCGUCCCCUCACAGGACGCCCACCAGAGCGAAUUCAUAGCAGAAUGCUUCACGAGGCGUGCCUAUCUGACUGGGUUCACUGGCAGUGCUGGUACAGCUGUGGUCACAAAAAAUAAGGCUGCUCUCUGGACUGAUGGCCGCUAUUUUCUUCAGGCAGAGAAGGAAUUGAACCAUCACUGGACACUCAUGCGCAGUGGGAAUCAUGGUGUUCCAACUACCAGUGAGUGGUUGAAUGAUGUUUUACCAUCUGGUUGCCGAGUUGGUAUUGAUCCGUUUCUUUUCUCAUUUGAUGCUGCUGAAGAACUGAAGGAUUCAAUCGCCAAUAAGAAUCAUGAGUUAGUUUUGGUUCAGGACAUGAACCUAGUUGAUGAGAUAUGGGGAGAUGCAAGGCCAAAUCCCCCAAAAGAACCAACUAGGGUGCAUGACAUCAAAUAUGCUGGUAUUGAUGUGCCAUCAAAGUUGUCCUUCAUUAGGUCACAACUUGCUGAAAAUGGGUGUGAUGCUGUUGUAAUUUCAAUGCUCGAUGAAGUUGCUUGGUUGUUGAACAUGAGAGGAAGUGAUGUCCCACAUUCACCAGUAUUUUAUAGCUAUCUCAUUGUGGAGGUUAACACUGCUACACUAUUUGUAGAUAGCAGCAAAGUUUCUAAAGGUGUUCUGGAGCACCUUGAGCAAGCUGGUGUAAAACUUAAGCCAUAUGAAGCAAUUAUUUCUGAAGUAGGAAGACUGGCAGAGAAAGGUGCAAAGCUCUGGUUGGAUUCUUCAAGUGUGAAUGCAGCCAUAAUUACUGCAUUUAAAUCAAGUUGCGAUAGAUGCAUGAAAAAGAAAGGAAAAACAGGGAAAAAAGUUGAAGAGAAAGAAGCAUCUUCAGACGACCCAAUAAUUGGAGAUCCUGGUGUCCAGAAUGGAGUCAUAAGUGCUGUAUACAAUGUUUCACCAGUUGCACUUGCCAAGUCAGUUAAAAAUGAUGCAGAAAUUGAGGGAAUGAAGAGUUCACACCUAAGAGAUGCUGCUGCUUUAGCAGAAUUCUGGUGCUGGCUAGAGGAGGAAAUCUGUAAAAAUGUUCCCCUUACAGAGGUACAAAUUGCUGAGAAGCUUCUUGAGUUUCGUCAAAAGCAAGCUGGAUUUAUAGAGACAAGCUUCGACACUAUAAGUGGUUAUGGUGCAAAUGGUGCUAUAAUACACUACAGACCAACCCCAGAGAGCUGCAGCUCUGUUGGAACUGACAAUCUGUUUUUGUUAGAUAGUGGUGCUCAAUACAUUGAUGGAACUACUGACAUAACAAGAACAGUGCAUUUUGGUGAGCCUUCCCGAAGGCAAAAGGAAUGCUUCACCAGAGUUUUGCAGGGCCACAUAGCUCUAGAUCAAGCAGUGUUCCCCGAGAGAACUCCAGGCUUUGUGCUAGAUGUUCUGGCACGGUCAUCUCUGUGGAAAAUUGGACUGGAUUAUAGACAUGGCACAGGCCAUGGAGUUGGAGCUGCACUAAAUGUCCACGAGGGCCCUCAGAGCAUUAGCUAUCGAUAUGGAAAUUUGACAUCCUUACAGAAGGGCAUGAUUGUCAGCAACGAACCUGGUUAUUAUGAAGACAAUUCGUUUGGCAUUCGUAUCGAGAAUUUACUUCUGGUAAAGGAGCUUAAUCUAGCAAAUUCUUUUGGUGGAAUUUCAUACCUUGGUUUUGAGAAACUAACUUUUGCUCCGAUUCAGAGCAAGCUUAUUGAGUCAUCCUUGCUGUCACCUUCAGAGAUCAAUUGGGUCAAUGAUUAUCACGAAGAAGUCUGGGAAAAGGUUUCCCCUUUGUUGAGUGGCCAUUCUCGUGACUGGUUAUGGAAGAACACUCGACCUCUUUUAGAUGUAUGACUCCUUAAACUCCAAUGCACAGCACAGCUUGACUGCAGAAGUGAAAGAAAUGAAUAGAAUUUUUUGGCUGCAACAUCUCUUGAAGAUCUGAUGGCCUAUAAUGGAAUGCAACUAUAUGGCAGUAAACAGAGGCAGAGCAAUAGAUGCGUAGCAGGCCAUAUAUGGUUGGGUCAGGGGAUGAUAGGUUGAAGCUGGUUUAUUUGACAUCCAGCCAAUUUGGUGCUACACUUAAAAAAGGGAUGACACAUGCAAACUUUUUCUAUUUAUUACACUUUAGAUAACAUCGUCUAUUGUUUGAUGAACUUACUAUUAAUAAUUACAUUUUAGUACCUUUUUUUACAAAGACAUCUUUUCAGAAUGAUGAAGCCAUUUGAGACAAUAGAUUCGUUCAUGGUAUCAGUCUUGAGACUCUUGAGUAUGCAUCAACACGAAACCUAUAUUACUUGUAA